AUGCUUGACAACCAAUUCAGGCUCCCCCUUCUGACUAGGGAUAACUAUGCUGAUUGGAAAGAGCUGUUUGAGCUUACCCUGGCGUAUCUAGACUUGUAUUUGACGAUUACUGAGGAUGAGCCCCCUGCCCUGAUUAAUGCAAGUACACCAGAUGAAAGGACUUAUCAUAAAAGAUGGACUCAAUCGAACCGUAUGAGUUUGAAGUUCAUUAGGGCUUAUAUAAGCAAGAACAUCAGAGGUUCUAUCCCUACAAGCGACAAAGCUAAGAAAUACUUAAAAUCAAUCGAUGACCAAUUUAUUGGCAUUGAUAAGUCUAUCAUCAGUACAUUGAUAGCAAAAUUCAGCUCUUUAAAUUACAAUGGAAAAACUGGUGUACGUGAUCACAUCAUGAAAAUGAGGGACACUGUCGUUCUGCUCAAAGAAAUGGAAGUAGAAAUUCCUGACGAAUACCUAGUGCAUCACAUUCUUAACUCACUCCCUACGGAGUAUGGGGCCUUUAAGGUCUCAUACAACACACAACAACAAAAAUGGACAGUCGAUGAACUUAUGAAUAUGUGUUUUCAGGAGGAGCAGAGGUUGAAGAGUGAAUCUAAGGAAAGUGCACAUCUAACCACUUUUGAGAAAGGGCAAUCCAUCAAAUCCAAGAAGUAUUUUCAAGAAUAA